AUGCCGACGACGCGCACGGAGGCCGCGUUCGACGCGCUGCCCGCGCUCUCCGAUGCGCUGCGUGUGCCUGCCUCGGAGCGGACGUAUGGGCGCCAGUUUGCGCAGAUGUACGACUACCGCCUCGCCGUGCUGCGCCGCCGCGUGCUGCAGCAGAGCGAGGACCCCGCGUUCCGGGCGCAGCACGGGCCGGCGCCGUACAUUGAGCGCCUCCUCGAUAUCCCGCCACGCACCUUGUGCCUGGUGAUCGGCACGUUCUACUGCGCCAUGCAGCACAAGCCGGACGUGCUCCAGGAGAUCGCGCGCGACCUCUCUCUCCCUGCGCCGCCGCCCGUGACGAGCUACGUGGAUCGCGCGCAGGACGAGCUCUUCCUCGAGGACCAGAGCGGGCGUGUCAAGCUCGUCGGUGAGCUCAUCGAGCAGCCUGCGCUCGCGCGGCAGUGCGUGACGGGCGCCGUCGCCGGCGUCCUUGGCAUCGAGACGCCCGGCGGCGACCUCGAGGUGCGCCACGUCUUCUUCCCGGGGCUGCCCGCGCCCGUGGCCAUGCCGGCUGCGCCGACGCCAGGGUCCAUUGUGCUCGCGAGCGGGUUCCUCGCGGGCGACGAUGCGCACCCCGCGAGCGAGAUGGCCAUGGAGCUCCUGCUCGAGUGGCUCACCGGCGAGCUGGUCGCGCCUGACGCGCAGGCGGCGCAGGCGCGCAUCUCGAGCAUGGUGAUCGCCGGCAAUGCCGUGCGCCGCUCGACGUGGGCGCCGACGGAGCGUCCGCAGGCGCCGCACAACCCGUUUGCCGCGUUCGACCCGUGGCUCGACCAGGUGUGCGCGACGCUCGAUGCGGUCGUCCUGCAGCCCGGCGCCCAGGACCCCAGCAGCACGGCCCUACCGCAGCAGCCGCUGCUCGCGCCGCUCCUGCCGCGCGCGGCGCGGUGGCCGUCGCUGCACCGCGCCACGAACCCCGCGUGGUUCGCGCUGCACCACCGGUCGUUCCUGUGCACGGGCGGGCAGAACCUGGACGACCUGCUCAAGUACGUGCCGGACGCCGAGCAGGCCGAGCAGCGCCUGCCGCUCGCCCUCGCGCCGCUGCGCUGGGCGCAUGUGGCGCCGACCGCCCCGGACACGCUCUGGUGCUACCCGUUCAAGGCGACGGACCCGUUCGUGGUGCGUGCCGCGCCGGACGUGUAUGUGGUGGGCAACCAGCCCGCCUUCGCCACAGAGACCGUCGAGGUGCCCCAGCCCGGCGGCACACACACGGUGCGUGUCGUGCUGGUGCCCGAGUUCGCACGCACGCAGCAGGUGGUCGUGCUCGAUGCCGAGACGCUCGAGGCGCGCGUCGUGUCGUUCCGCCCAUAG